AUGUUCGCGUUCCAGCAGGAUAAGUACCGCAGAAAGGCCGCGGGCGAGGAGCUGGGGCCCUACGCCCGCGGCUUCCUCGACAGCGGCCUCUGGGGACUCAGCCGGCACCCCAACUACUUCUGCGAGGUGAGCAUGUGGUGGGCUUUCUACGUUUUCGGCGUAGCAGCCACUGGCUCCUGGCUGAACUGGACAAUAUGGGGGCCAGUGUUUUUGUCGAUGCUGUUCUUGGUGCCUCAGGGCUCCCUCGACGUGACCGAGAUGCUGUCGAGCAGCAAGUACCCCGCGUACGCCGAGUACCAGCUGCGCGUCAGCCGCUUCGUCCCCUGGCCUCCCAAGAGGGACGCCAAGGAGCACUGA